CCAGAGAGCCUCCAGUGGCUUAACAGCGGAGAGGUGUCCGUCAAGCGCGCGGGCCCUUUAAUGCAUGCGAUCACUCUGGCUCCGGGAGCUAUGGCGACCACAGCGUCUAACCACUACAGCAUCCUGACGUCCAGCGCAUCCGCCGUGCACUCGGAGCCCGGCAGCAUGCAGCAGGCAGCUGCGUACCGCGACACGCAGAGCCUGCUGCAGAGCGACUACUCUCUGCAGAGCGCACACCCGCUCGGCCAUGCUCAUCAGUGGAUCACGUCGCUUUCGCACGCCGAGGGGGCGCCGUGGCCCUCGAGCCCCCUCAGUGAACAGGACAUUAAGCCCGCGCUGCAGGGGGACCGGGAGGAGCUGCAACACUCGCCCGGUUUGCAGCAACAGCAGCAGCAGACGCAGCCUACACACCUGCUGCAUCAACCAACGGCGCACGGGGGGACCCAUCACGACUCACGGUCGUGGAGGGCGACCACUACCACCACAACUCACUUAACGAGCAUGGCGACGUCAAACGGCCAGGGCAUGGUUUAUACGCAGCCGGGCUUCACCGACCUCGGGUCCGCCGACGAGCAGGGGCUGCACCAUCACACGCUCCAGGACGCGCACGAAGACCACCACAGCCCGCACCUCAGCGACCACCAGCAGCCCCUUCACGUGCACCAGCAACAGCACCCGGGUCACCACGAGCAGUCGGAUGAAGACACGCCGACCUCGGACGACCUGGAGCAAUUCGCCAAGCAGUUCAAGCAGAGGCGAAUCAAAUUGGGCUUCACUCAGGCGGACGUCGGGCUGGCGUUGGGCACGCUCUAUGGCAAUGUCUUCUCGCAGACCACCAUUUGCAGGUUCGAGGCGCUGCAGCUGAGCUUCAAAAACAUGUGCAAACUCAUGCCACUGCUGAACAAGUGGCUCGAGGAAGCGGACUCCACGUCCGGCAGUCCCACCAGCUUGGAUAAGAUUGCAGCACAGGGCAGAAAGAGGAAAAAACGGACUUCCAUCGAAGUAGCUGUCAAAGGGGCUUUGGAGAGUCACUUCCUCAAAUCGCCCAAACCCGGAGCUGCGGAGAUAACCACGCUGGCGGACAGUUUACAGCUGGACAAGGAGGUGGUGCGAGUCUGGUUUUGUAACAGGCGGCAAAAAGAGAAGCGCAUGACAACCCCGUGUGGACCGCUCCCUGGUGCGGAGGAUGCCUACGGGGACACCCCGCCUCACCACGGAGCCCAGACUCCGGUUCCGUGACACACGAGCACGGACGGCGAAAGGAAUGUGUGCAAAAAGAACAUGCAGAACCAUCUCUUUGUUGUCUCACUCACGGACCCGUUAGCGGAGAGCGAGAGAGCUCGCCACACGAGCCAGUUAAUGAGCGUACGUGAAUUUGAGACAGGCAAGACAUUUGUACAACCCGUGGUAGGUGUAAGUGAUGUGAGGCAAACAAUACAAGGAAUCGAUUCACAAACACCAACGCCACAAGACACCAAGAGCUUUUCUGGUGUGGAGUGGGUGGAAGCCUGUCUUGAUGGAGACGAGUGACAAGCAGACGCUAUUACACGAUGCACUGUGCCAGUCCAAUUUCCAUGUUUGUUUGCCCGGUUUGCGUAGAAUGAACGACCCGAAAGCUGUGAGAAAAGAGGCGGGAGCUGCGUUGGGUACCUCACGCCAUCUUUCCUUCAUAUCAACAGGAUUGCACGGGACCAGCACUGGCGACAAUACUGUCACUUAUUUGCCUUCAUUGACGAUGCGAUAAAACUAGUGAAUUAUUAUUAUUAUUAUUGGGUUGUAAAAUGAAUGUAAAUGUCCUUCAAUUUACAGAGGGUCUCCUAAAUUCACACGCUCUCAGCCUACCUUGGAAUUUGUUCAAAAUCUCUCUCUCUCUCUCUCUC